AUGCCUGAAAAAUUUACAAACGGACCCUUUGGAUGCUGUGGAAACCCAGGAGGAUGCGGCACCUGCUGCAUGACAGCUUGCUGCCCAUGUUAUGCUUUUUACACCGCCGCUGAGGAUAUUGGAGAUUCCAAUGGCGCUUUGUACUGCGUUGCAACCCUUCUUGGAUUUGGUCCGUGCAUGCUUUGCUUGUUGGCUGACAAGGUUGCUCAAGCGAGGAACAUCGAUCAAGGAAUGCCAAUGCACGCACUUUGCGCAUGCUGCGAAUGCGUCACAUGCUUUUCCUGUGCCGUCGUCAACGAGGCCAAGCUCUACAAGGAACAAUCUGGAGCUCCUGGAGGACAAAAGAUUGAAGGCCGAUAA